AUGCCUCCAGGCAACACCGCCAGCGAUGCCGAGUCCUCGGGGACCCAGAAGCACGCAUUCUCUCUCGAAAAUAUCUUGGGUCAAGACCACGAGGACGUUGAGGCACCCACAGCUACCGCCGACACCCAUAUCACUGCCGCGGGGUGGGACGAGGAAGCAAGGGCGGAGAAUGUGGUCCAAGGGUUCUGUAUAGAGUGUGAAGACCAGCCCGCCCAGCUUUUCUGUGAGACUUGCUCCGACAACUUCUGCGAAGUGUGCUUCGCCGCCCAGCAUAGAAAAGGGUCCCGAAAACGGCACGCGAGCAAGCUUUUGUCCAGGCCGCAGGAGAAGAAGGCGAAAAUCGAGGGAAAUGCUGCGGGUGGGGGGUUAUCCAACGGGGAUGAGAUGCAUACCGAUGACUCUGACGCUGAAGAUUCGGAUGAAGAGCUUGAACGGGCAGCGACAGAGGCCGCGUCGUCGAAAUUGGAGAUCUCUCUCUCCGCCCAGCCCACACCGGGAUCCAUGGUUGGCGAGUGGUUCGUGGAACGGGCCAAGUACAUACCUGUCCGCUUGACGCUAGAAGAGCGCAAGUUCCUCCGGCUGCUCGAGGCCGCCCUCAACGUCUCCGAAUAUACCGACAAGAUUGAUACCAUUGGCUUUGGGCUCUCGAAAGCCAAACGCAUCGUCCAACAGAUCCGAGAGCUAUGUGCCAUCCUCUCGGGGCUCGUUCUGUCUGCCGACUACAAGCAGGGCCAAGAGCUCUUCCAGGACCGCGAUUUCCAGUCAAAUGAAGACUUCUAUCAAAGCAUCUUUGAACUCGGGCGACGACACAAGAUCAUGAAUCCGGACAAAAUGCGCUCGACAUACGGCAAGCUCAUCUACAUCCUACAGGAUAGCCAAUCGCCAGACGUGAAGGACCUUCUCAGCUUUUCCUGCGUGAAACCUAUCAAGAGCGUCUACACCGUGCUCGAGGAACAUGACGUGGUCGAGAUGCUGCGGGAUGACCUCAUCGCAAUUGCCACGAAGGAGAUCUAUUCCGAGGGCCGCCCACGCCGGGAGAUCCAGAAGGACAUCAAGAGCAAAGAGCGCGCCUUAGAAACCCUCGCCUCCAAAUACGCCCGUCCCGGUCUCAACCAGGAGCGCGUACGGCAGUGCAUUUACAGCAUCGGCGACAACCACGCGUUCCUCCGCACGAACCGCGAUCCCUGCGAUCGCAUGAUUGAGUACUUGAAGCAGUACUUCUAUCCGACCCAGGCCAAGGACAACAAGAGCUCGCUGGCCAUCAAAAUGGGCAAGGGUGGCGCACGCCUCACCCAUGACCAUCAGAAGCAGUAUGCAUACGUCCUCCAGAGCUUGACGUUAUGGCGAGAAAUCCUGCACGACAUGUUCCACCUGUGGACCCUCGCCGAGUCGGAUCUGUUGAACGAGAACAUCCCUUACCGCCUUCGCGACACCGGCCAGGGUCUCAACCGCGUCCAAGCCGCGCCGAAGACCUCUCGCAUGAUGCACGCGAUCCUCAACCGUGCGCAACGCUCGAUUGGCUCCUGGGUGGGCUCGUCUGUCAUUCACAUGGGGGACCACAACGUGCCCAACGCACUCAUGUUUAUCGACAAAUACUCUCAAAUAUACCGCAUUCUCCUCCCCAUCUGCAAUACGCUCUCCCAGAUCUCGCAGCUCGCCGAGAACCCGGCGCUCCGCUCAUACAUCGACGACGAGUGGGGCUCGACAGAAGGCCUCAGCCGCGAGAUUCUCGCCGACUUCUUCCGCCACGGGUUCGAUGGCUCCGGGGCGGGCAACUAUUUCGACGCCGGCUCCUGCAUCGACGGGCGACUGACGAGUGCGUGGAAUUGGUGCUCGACCCUCGAGAAGAAACGCUUCUUCCCUGUUUUCCUCCUCACUGGUUUCGUCGGAUUCGACGGCGACUGGUGA